GAUGAAGCAACGUUGAAGUGGUAUCUGCGUGAUCGUUACUUCGACGUGGAUGAGGCGGAGCAGAAGUUGCGCAGCAUGCUGAAAUGGCGCCAGAGCUUCCAACCCCAGUCCACCACCGCCCAAAUGGUGGCGGCGGAACUGGCCAGCGGCAAGGCUUAUGUACACAACUACACGGACAAGUACGGCAGACCGGCCAUCGUAAUCCGUACAAGGCGCCACUUUCCUCUGACGGACAGCAAGCGACUUGCCGCCUACCUCAUCGACACGGCCAUCUCCCGCCUGCCCCCCGGGGGAGAGCAGAUCGUGGGGAUAUUCGAUCUGAGGGGGUUUCAGUUUGCGCAAAACGCGGAUUUCCAGUUCGCCGCGUUCAUGAUUGAGGCCUUUUUCGAGUACUACCCUCGGCGAGUGAGCCAGGUGCUGUUUGUGGAGGCUCCCUGGGUGUUCUUCCCGGCCUGGGAGGUCAUCAAGCCGCUCAUGAGGAAAUACGCGGCACUGGUUCGCUUUCUCAGUGUUUCGGAGCUCAGGUCGGAGUUCUUCACUCCAGAAGCUCUGCCAGAGGAUUUCCGGUAG